AUGGAAGCAUUAACAGAGCUAUGUGAUCUGAUUUCAAAGAAUCCAAAUCAAUAUUCAAACAAAAUCUCAUGGAUAUGCAAAAGAUGUCCACAACCCGAAUCACUCCUUUCGGCUUCACCACGAAUCUCACGUUUUCAACUCAAUGCCGUACUUGCAACAGCCAGGUUUAUCUCACAAUGUCCUAACUACAACGACACGAAUCCUAGAAAAACUGUUUUAGAAUUCAUUCGUGCCAUCCCGUCCUCAUUCACCCAAUCAUUUUGGCCUAAAGGGUUUCCAACUGCUUCCAUUGCGUCGUUUUAUAAUGAGUUUUUAUCGUACGUUGUUAUAGCCACGGAAAUGUAUCAAGAUUUUAAUACAGACGUGGCGGGUUUCAUGGGUGGCAUUGUGUUUGCUGCAUUAGACGAUUUAGGCACGGAUGUAUCUAUAUCUAAGCUCUUUUUGGCUGCGUUGUCCGAGAGUUUUCCUCAGAUUAUUCCUUCUGAUGCUAAUAAGUUGGUUUCACGGUUACUUGAUUCGUUAGUGAGUAGUGAUUUGAAUGAUAACGGGAAUAAUAGUGUUGAUGGGUUGUUGGGUACUUCUAGUGGAGGAGAUAGUAAGGGUGUUUUGAAUAUUAAAGAUGAGCCUAUUGAGUAUUUGGAGAAACAAGAGAUUGCGAUCAAGUUGAUUGAACGCGUUCUUGAUAAAGUUAAGAUUGAUCCCCAGCUUUUGGAACGCGUACGCCUUAUUACAAAGGAACAUCUGAGAUUGAUGACUUCUUUUCUAAAGAUAAGGAAGAAUGAUUGGACAGAGCAGGCUUCAUCACUGAAAGCUAGAAUUAACACAAAGCUUUCUAUCUACAAAGCAGCAGCUAAGCUAAAAGUCAGAAGCCAUGUCUCUGCGGAAUCAGAUGGGAAAUCAUCUAAGAAAUUGUUACAUGGGGCUCUUGCUUUGCUAGUAGAAGCAGUCGAAGCUUGUGUAUACUCAGUGUGGCGCAGGUUAAGAGCAUGUGAAGAUCUUUUUAACACAUUGCUUGAUGGUAUCUCGAAAAUUGCUUUUACACGUGGAGGUCAUCUACUAAGGGUUCUACUUAUUCGGUUCAAACAACUUGUGCUAAUUACAUGUGCUCAGGCUGAUACUUUGGAAAAUAACCAGGGAGCAAUGUUUGAUAGCGUUUUAAGGACAAGCUGCGAGAUAAUUGAAUACGGAUGGACCAAAGACAGAACCCCCAUUGAUACGUUUAUCAUGGGAUUGGCUACAAGUAUUCGUGAAAACAAUGACUAUGAAGAAAAGGAUACCAAAGACACAAAGACUGUUCCUGUUGCACAACUCAACGUUAUCCGCUUGCUUGCAGAAAUAAAUGUACAAGUUAAUAAGGCUGAAGUGGUUGAUACAAUAUUGCCUUUGUUCAUUGAAAAUUUGGAGGAGGGUGAUGCUUCAACACCUAGCUUGUUGCGCCUUAGGAUUCUUGAUGCAGUUUCUCGCAUGGCGAGUUUAGGGUUUGAAAAGUCAUAUCGUGAAGUUGUGGUACUAAUGAUGAGGAACUACUUAAGCAAACUCUCCAGCAUUGGAUCUCCUGAAAGCAAUACGUUGCCACAAGAAGCCAAUACAGAACGUGUUGAGACUCUUCCUGUAGGAUUUCAAAUGAUAGCUAGAGGCCUUACAGAUGCUAAACUGCGGGUUGACUACCGUCAUCGCCUAUUAUCAUUAUGCUCAGAUGUAGGCUUGGCUGCCGAGUCCAAAAGUGGAAGCUGUGGAGCUGAUUUCAUGGGGCCUUUACUUCCUGCCGUCGCUGAAGUAUGUUCUGAUUUUGAUCCAACAGUGGAUGUUGAACCUUCACUUAUGAAGUUGUUUCGUAAUCUAUGGUUCUACAUUGCUUUGUUUGGGUUAGCACCUCCUGUGGUGAAUUCUAUGAAGUCAAAUUAUACAACAUCAAACAGUUCAAGUAGCACAACUGCAGUUUCUCUUCAAGCAGUUAAUGGUCCAUACAUGUGGAAUCCUCAGUGGGCUUCUGCUGUUCAACAUAUUUCUCAAGGGACGCCACCCCUGGUUGUUAGCUCAGUAAAAUGGCUUGAAGAUGAGUUAGAACUAAAUGCUCUUCAUAACCCCGGAAGUCGUCGGGGAUGUGGGAACGAAAAUGCUGCUGCAAGCCAAAGAGCAGCACUUUCUGCAGCUUUAGGAGGCCGUGUUGAUGUUGGAGCAAUGAGCACGAUUUCAGGAGUGAAGGCGACUUAUCUUCUUGCGGUUGCUAUUUUGGAAAUAAUACGGUUCAGCAGCAAUGGCGGACUCCUCAACUGUAGUUCCAACUCUGGUACUUUGGCUUCUAGAAGUGCCUUCAGCUGCGCUUUUGAGUAUCUUAAAAGUCCAAAUCUUGUACCUGCUGUUUUCCAAUGCUUAAUGGCCCUUGUUCACUGUGCUUUUGACACAUCAUUAUCAUGGCUGGAGGAUCAAAUAUUUGAGACAGGGCAAGCUAUGGAUGUUAGAGAAUCAACUCUAGCUGUGCAUGCAUGUUUUUUCAUCAAGAGUUUGUCCCAAAGAGAUGAACACGUUCGAGAUGUUUCAGUUAAACUCUUGUCUCAACUAAGGGAUAGAUUCCCACAGAUCUUGUGGAAUUCAUCUUGUCUCGAUUUUCUUCUGUUUUCUGUAAAUAAUGACCCACCUUCCGGUAUUGUCAGUGAUCCUUCUUGGAUAACUUCCGUGAAAACCUUAUACCAAAAAAUUGUACGUGAAUGGAUUAUUAUAUCGCUGUCACAUGCUCCUUGCACCAGCCAGGGCCUUCUUCAGGAAAAACUGUGUAAAGCAAAUGUAUGGCAAAGGGCUCAACCCACAACAGAUGUUGUUUCACUUUUAUCUGAGAUACGGAUCGGUACUGGCAAAAGUGAUUGCUGGACUGGAACAAAAACUGCAAAUAUUCCUGCAGUGAUGGCUGCAGCAGCUGCUUCAUCAGGGGGGAAUCUUAAACUAACGGAGGCUUUUAAUUUGGAAGUUCUUAGCACUGCCAUUGUUAGUGCAACAGUCAAGUGUAAUCAUUCUGGAGAAAUUGCUGGUAUGACAAGAUUGUAUGAAAAUAUGGAGAAAGCAGAUGAUGAUUUUGAAGUUGCACCAUCUCCUAGCCCAAGCGGUCUUUCAAGAUUGAUAUCUGGAGCUUUUCCUCAAGCACCACAGCCUAAAAAAGAGUCGUUUGGUUCGAUAUUACUUAACAAGUUUGUUCGUCUUCUUCAAAAGUUUGUUCUCAGUGCAGAGAAAGGCGGUGAGGUGGACAAGUCUUCAUUCAGAGAAACUUGUUCACAGGCAGCUGCCCUGAUUUUAUCAACUCUGGAUUCAGAUUCAAAAACGAAUGUUGAGAGCUUCUCACAACUCCUGCGUCUUCUUUGCUGGUGUCCGGCUUACAUAUCUACAAUUGAUGCAAUGGAGACUGGUAUAUUCGUCUGGACAUGGUUAGUUUCUGCUGCUCCUCAAUUGGGCCCUGUGGUCCUUGCAGAACUUGUUGAUGCAUGGUUGUGGACAAUUGAUACAAAACGAGGUAUCUUUGCAUCUGACAUGAAGUAUUCCGGCCCAGCUGCAAAGUUAAGGCCCCACCUUUCACCUGGUGAACCAGAAUCGCCACCUGAAAAAGACCCUGUUCAACAAAUUCUAUCACAUAAGCUAUGGAUUGGAUUUUUCAUUGAUCGUUUUGAGGUUGUACGACAUGAUAGUUUGGUACAGCUCUUGCUCCUUGGCAGGAUGUUACAAGCGACUACAAAACUUCCGUGGAAAUUUUCACACCACCCAGCUGCUGCUGGUACAUUUUUUACUGUCAUGCUGCUUGGACUUAAAUUCUGCUCAUGCCAAUACGGGGGUAGCCUACAGAAAAUUAGAUUGGGACUUCAGUUGUUGGAAGAUGGAAUUUAUCGGGCAUCUCUAGGCUGGUUUGCCCAUGAACCCGAAUGGUUUGAAGCUGAUCAUGGGAACUUUGCACACAGUGAGGCUCAGUCUGUUUCUACAUUUGUCCAAUAUCUCCAAAGCCCACAAAGUGAUUCCAAAGGGCUGGGCGGGGAAAAUGGUAUCUCUUUUAUUGAUAUGAAGGAUAAGUGCCACCCUGUUUGGGGACCAAUGGAGAACUAUGCAGCUGGUAGAGACAAGAGGAAGCAGCUACUUUUAAUGUUAUGCCAGCAUGAAGCUGAUAGACUCGAAGUUUGGGCUCAACCUGUUAACUCCAAAGAGAACGCGUAUUCUAGAUCAAGAAUUAGCUCAGAGAAAUGGGUCGAGCAUGCAAGAACUGCAUUUGCUGUUGAUCCUCGGAUUGCUUUCUGUUUGGGUGCCAGAUUUCCAACAAACACUUUUCUGAAGACGGAAAUUACUCAGUUAGUUCAGUCACAUAUCUUGGAGAUUCGUAACAUACCCGAGGCUUUACCAUAUUUUGUGACACCUAAAGCUGUAGACGAAAAUUCUCCAUUGUUGCAACAAUUACCAUAUUGGGCUGCUUGUUCAAUUACACAAGCUCUAGAGUUUUUUACUCCAGCAUAUAAGGGUCAUCCACGUGUUAUGGCUUAUAUUCUCCGGGUAUUAGAGUCUUACCCUCCCUCCAAAGUAACCUUUUUCAUGCCCCAGCUCAUUCAAGCUUUGAGGUAUGAUGAUGAGAUGUUGGUUGAAGGAUACUUGCUUAGAGCAGCUCAAAGGAGUGACGUGUUUGCCCAUAUUCUAAUUUGGCAGUUACAGGGUGAGACAUGUGCACCAGAGCAAGGUAAAGAAGCAAUAUCAGCAAAGACUCGGGCAUUUCUAGCUUUGUUGCCGGUUGUUAGAGAACACAUCAUUGAUGGUUUUGGUCCCGAGGCCCGUGAUGUAUUUCGUAGAGAAUUUGAUUUCUUCGAAAAAGUUACAUCUAUAUCAGGUGUUCUGUAUCCACUUCCAAAAGAAGAAAGGAGAGCUGGUAUUAAGAGGGAGUUGGAAAAAAUUGAGUUGAAUGGAGAUGACCUAUAUCUACCUACAGCUCCUAAUAAACUUGUCAAGGGUAUUCAGGUAAAUAGUGGAAUACCAUUGCAGUCGGCGGCUAAAGUCCCGAUUAUGAUCACUUUUGAUGUGGCUGAUCGAGACGGUGACCCAAAUGAUAUAAAACCGCAAGCUUGUAUUUUUAAGGUUGGAGAUGAUUGUAGACAAGAUGUGCUUGCUUUGCAAGUGAUUUCACUUCUGAGAGACAUAUUUGGAGCAGUUGGACUUAAUCUUUAUUUGUAUCCUUACGGAGUACUUCCAACCGACCCAGAGAGAGGAAUAAUUGAGGUUGUGCCAAAUUCACGCAGCAGAAGUCAGAUGGGUGAAACAACUGAUGGUGGUUUGUAUGAAAUUUUUCAACAAGACUUUGGGCCAGUUGGUUCUCCAGGUUUCGAAACAGCCCGUGAGAACUUCAUAGUCAGCAGUGCUGGUUAUGCUGUUGCUAGUCUAUUGCUUCAGCCAAAGGAUAGACAUAAUGGGAAUCUUUUAUUUGACAGUGUAGGCAGGCUUGUUCACAUUGAUUUUGGUUUCAUCCUGGAGACAUCACCCGGUGGGAAUAUGCGGUUUGAAAGUGCCCAUUUCAAGCUGAGUCACGAGAUGACUCAGUUACUUGAUCCAUCUGGUGCUAUGAGAAGCGAUACUUGGCACUUAUUCGAAAGUUUGUGUGUUAAGGGUUACCUUUGUGCUCGGCGGCAUAUGAAUGGGAUUAUAAAUACGGUAUUGAUGAUGGUAGAAAGCGGUCUACCUUGCUUUAGCAGAGGGGAUCCCAUUGGGAACUUAAGAAAGAGAUUUCGUCCAGAAAUGAGCGAACGAGAAGCAGCAAAUCACAUGAUCCACAUAUGUGCUGAUGCCUAUAACAAAUGGACUACUGCUGGCUAUGAUUUAAUUCAAUAUUUGCAGCAAGGCAUUGAAAAGUGAAACAAUGCAUGUACAAAUUCAAAAUUAAUAUUCACUUUUCAAAAAUGUAUUCUUUCCGGGGUUAGAAUCCUUGUUUUUUUUCCUUCUUUUUUCUUUUAUAUUGAUCAUUCUUUGUUUUA